AUGGCAUUAGAGCGGAAUAGAGUUGCUACACCGUUUGGCAUUACCGCCUCUCUACGAAAGAUGUGGUUUGUUCAGCGCCGUAUCCAAGUGAAUCAGAACGCGUUCGCUAUACCGAUAAAAUAUAGCAUUUUGUGGAUCGUACUGCCCAGAAACAAGAAAACGGAUCGGUUAGAGUAUCCAAAACAGAGCCGCCAUCCACGCAUUCGUGAGAGCGCACAAUACUCUUUAUUCUAUGAUGGGAAAAUCCCGAUAGUUCGCAUCCAAUGGCAAUUGCACAGAUUCAAUGAGCAACCAGGGGGGCCUUUGCCCAGAGUGGGCAGUAUUCAAGUCACGAAAUCGCCUAAGAGAAGACGGAUGGAAUCGAUAGACAGACCCCUUCGAAACCAAACCCCUCACAGUAAAGGAGAAGACUAA